GUUUUACAGGGCGCGUCUUACAAGCUUUACACGGCUUUUUACAGCGUACGCUGCCAGGCACGCAGCGUUGCCGUCUGUGCAUUUUACCUUAAGCUUGCAUCCUUCAGCUUGCAAAGUAGCAAGCAGGCAUAUUGAGGCUAUCGAAUUAAAUGUAUUAAAGUCAUGGCAGCUCUACAUCAUAGCCAAGGGCUAGCGGAUCGGCGCGCUGGCGCUCGGGCGGAGAAAUGCGUACCACAAUCAUGUCGCGCGCUGCAUGUCUCUCCGGCUUGGAACCUCCCUGGAACUUCAAGUGGAUUUGCUAGAAAUCACCUGGGCUUGCACCGCAAUGCGCAGCGCUCUACGGCCUCGUAUGGCAUGGCUGUGUGCCGCUCAGCACAGACAUCAGAGGCGCUCCUCGCAUCCUCAGCCUCCUCCUCCCUCGAAACCCCUCAGUCUGCUGCUGGCCCAGACCUGACCUUGGAAUGUACGGAAACCGGAACCACGAUCCACGUGUUUGGAGUUUCACACCUGGAGCCGCAGCCCCACAUCGGCGAGUGGGUGCUGCGCCGGCGCCCCUGCGCGGUGCUGGUUGAGACGGCUCUGGGGUCCGAGCACGGGGCGGAGGCGGGGUCGGUGGUGGUGGCAGGGCAGCGGCUGGCGGAUCCCUCCGCGGCCUUCUACCUGCGCAUGUUUUGCCAGGUUGGCGCCUCCCUGCAGCAGCACAUGGGGGGAGACUUCACCGCCUCGCCGCUGUGGGGGCAGGUGUCCCGCGCCUACAACGGCGAGCAGCUGGCCUACCUGGGCGCCCUGGCCACCGGGGCGCCGCUGGUGUUCGCUGACCGACCCAAACACCUCACCUACAGUCGGUUGUUCUCCCAGUGCAGCCUGCCGCAGCUGGACCAGGGAUACAGCCACGCGGCGGAGGCCAACUACCGCUCCUUCCUGGGCCUCCCGCCCCCGCCGUACGACCCCAACCAACUGCCAACCACCGAGCGAAUACUCAUGCUGGAGCGCGAGGCGGUGAUGCUGGGGGUGGUGCACGGGGUGUGCUCCGGGGACCUGCC